AUGAAUAUUGAUAAGAUAUUUAAAUUAGCUAAGGGAUUCUAUGGAAGAUCAAAGAAUUGUAAAUCAUUGGCAAGAGAAAGAGUAGAGAAGAGUUUAGAGUACAACUACGUCUCAAGACGUCUCGUCAAGAGAGAUAUGAGAUCAAUGUGGAUUCAACGUAUCAAUGCCGGUGCAAGACAACACGAUUUAACUUAUAACGCAUUCACCAGAGGAAUGGUUGCCUCAAAUAUUCAAAUAAAUAGAAAGAUUCUAUCAGAGUUGGCAAUCACAGAACCAUAUAGUUUUAAAGCAUUAACAGAUUACGCUAAAGUUACACUCUCUAAAUUACAUGGAACAUCUUAUAUCCCAAAACAAUAA